UACUUCAUAAAGCUACUAGUCUAAGAACCCAAUCAACCAACUCAACUACAUUUAAUUCUCAUUCCCUCUUUCUCCUUCACAAAAAUACAAACCAAGCUCAAAAACCAAGAAACUUACUUUUUCAUAUAGUGGACUAAUCUUUUUACUUCUAAAAAAUUCCAAAAGAAGCACACACACUAUACAUACACAACCCAACAAACACUUGAAAAUAAAAAAACUAUCUUUUCAAUUUUCCCUGCACUUUUUUUGCCGCCUACACCCACUGAAAAAAUGCUCCUCAACUUCCUCUACUCACACCUUCAUCUCUUCCACACACAUCAAAAAUCCUUCACACAUCAUCAGCUAUGAAAAAGGAAACAUUCUUAAUUUCCAAGAAAACAUCAUGGAUGGUCUCAUUUGUGACAAACAUAAGAAUGCUGUUAAGACAAGAAUUUUUAAUUCUAAUUUGUUUCACCAUUGUUGUUUCCAGUUGACUGAAAGGUCUUUAUAUGCAAUUGUUUCUUGUUUUCUACUUUUUCUUUUAGCUUAUAACAGUUCCACUGUUUUCUAUGUUCAAGUCCCUGUUCCGGCUAACUACUCGCCGGAGAUUUCUACACUUUCAUCUGAAAAUGUCGCCGGAAAAUCAAGAAAGUUGGUUUCUUUAUCUUCUUCAGCUAAACUUUCAUCUUCUGUGGUAUAUGCAGUAAAAGAAGAAACCCCACUUGUAAAACCAAACACCCAAUUCACAAUUUCUCGUAAAAAUCCAAACUUGGUGGGAUUUACAUAUGAUUCAGUGGAUUAUGGUCCUAAAAGGAGGAGAAAGAAGAAGUCUUUGGUGAAAGUUGUUCCUUCUGGGGUUAAAAUCAAUGUGUUUUCAAUGAGAAUGAAGGAGUUUUUUGGUUCUAAAUUAUCUAAUUCUUCGUGUAAGUUUAGGUUCUUCAUGACUUGGAUUUCUUCUAUUGAGUCUUUUGGUGAAAGGGAACAGUUUGUUUUGGAGAGUUUGUUCAAGGCACACCCAAAUGGUUGUUUGGUUAUUAUGUCUACUUCAAUGGAUUCUCCAAAAGGUAUGCAAGUUUUGAACCCUUUCUUGGAGAAAGGAUUAAGGGUAACUGCAAUUUCGCCUGAUUAUGUUUACUUGUUUAAAAAUACUAUUGCUCAAGCUUGGAUUGAUAGUUUAAUGAAGGGUAAUAUAGAUACAGGGGAAGUUUCUUUAGGUCAGAAUUUAUCAAAUUUGCUAAGACUUGGUUUACUGUAUAAGUUUGGUGGGAUUUAUUUAGAUACUGAUGUUAUAGUGUUGAAGAGUUUUGGGAAGUUGAGGAAUGUUAUUGGGGCUCAAACUAUUGAUGUUGAAACAAGAAAUUGGAGUAGGUUGAAUAAUGCUGUCAUGAUUUUUGAUAAGAGACAUCCUUUGUUGUACAAGUUUAUUGAAGAAUUUGCUCUUACAUUUGAUGGGAACAAAUGGGGUCAUAAUGGACCUUACUUGGUUUCAAGGGUUGUGUCAAGGGUAGGUGGAAGAGAUGGAUACAAUUUCACAGUUUUGCCUCCAAUGGCUUUUUAUCCAGUUGAUUGGAAUAGGAUUGGUAGUCUCUUUCUUGGUCCGAAGAACGAGACUCAUUCAAAAUGGUUGCCCUUGAAACUCAAGCAGAUUCAGAGUGAAAGUUUGGCUGUGCAUCUUUGGAACAAGCAGAGCCGAGAGCUUGAGGUUGAAGAAGGAAGCAUAAUCCAACAUAUACUGUCUGAUUGUUGUGUUUUCUGCAAUUCUCACUCGUCAAAGUUAUCCAUCUGUUUGGUGUACUCCCAACUCAAGAAUGAUCAAAUAAUUGCUAGUAUCAUUCUCUACAUACCUUUGAAGAGGAUGAACAUUAUGGAUGGAAAGAGGAGGACCUUCUGAUUUCUGCAAGUUUUGUUGAAGACUAAAAGCUAAAAAGACUAAAAGAAAGGUGAAAAAGGUAACCAUAAACCACCACCCAGAGCAUUGAUCUAGUGAUAAAGAGAGUAGUGUGUGAUGCAGGGUUAGGCACAUGUCACAGGUUUGAACCCUGCCAUUUACAAAAGUUUGGCAUUUUAAGCGGGUGGCCAUCAAGUGUCGAUUUUUGGUAACAUUGAUCCUCAGGGAUAUCUCGAUAAUGAGAAAAAAGGGCAAAUCAUCAUUCCUGGAAGUACUGCAUGGGAGAACAUUGGUUGCUAUGAGUAAAUACAUAUGGUUAUGUAUCCACUCUACUCACGAUAAUGCCAUGGAAACAGAAGAUGGAAACAAUGGUUCAGUAAGUCUUUAUGGAAUAUCCACUGGAACCUAUAUACAGACAUCAUCACUGCUCUGUUGUGUUGAUUUACAAUAAAAGAAAAAGAGAAGAGCAUGAAGAAGAAAAUCUAUGUAUUCUGAGUUUCUAGAUAUCACAUUUCAAUGUCAUCAGGAUACAAGAAAGCCUCAUUCUUGACGACGAAUGAAUAUUGAGUUUUUUUUUUGUU